CGUCGAGUAUGACAUCACAGUGCACUGAGUGAAUGACGUCACAACAGAAUCGGUUAUUGCGCUCGCUGUUCAUUGACCUCGCACUGGGGACAUGCUGCAUUGAUCAUGCCACUGCACUAUGGCAGUGGUGUAUUGUUCAUGACACCACAGUGCCUGGGUGCCAUGCUGUGCAGAAUACCCCAUUGUGUGUGAUAUCACAAUCAAGGGCACUGCAGUGUGACAGCAGAAUGAUACCCGGAGUACAGCUGAAUUUGAAGUCAGCCAUCUGCCAGGAGCAAUACUCAUUGACCCUCAGAGUGAUACACUGCAAGAAUUUCUGCAGAAACAGCUCCUUCCAGAGAGUAAAAAUAAAAACAUCAUUUGCUAUUGCACUGUGGGAUACAGGUCUUCCAUGAUUGCCCAGAGCAUAAAUGAGUUCUUGUCAAGUGAAGUCGUCCAAACCCCCAAAACUUCCCUGAAGGUUUAUAAUGCAGAAGGAGGACUGAUGAAAUGGGCCAGUGAAAGAAGGCUGAUGGUGGACAAGCAGGAGCAGCCCAUUCACCUUGUCCACCCCUGCAGUGAAGCAUGGGCAAAACUACUGGAACCAGAGCUGCAAGCACAAAUCUAAAGCAUUUCUGCAAGUCUGAUCUUAACUGGGGCCUCUAGGUGAAAUACAAAUUAAUAAUAAGAAUAAGAAUUAAUGGGGGCCUCAGCCUCAACUGUGUCUUGUAGGAAUAACCAUAAUGCUACUAAUAAUAGAGGAUUACAAUAUGUAUUGUAAAAGCAGCAAAGAGUCCUGUGACACCUUAUAGACGAACAGAUGUA